UUCUGAUACUGGUUUCAGACAAGUAAUGAACCUCCUCGUUUAGGCAAUCAAUACGAUGAUGAUCUUGUUCUCCAAAAUAUAUUGCGACGACUAUUACCAGCAACAGUAAUGACCGAUAUUGAACCUGAUCUCAAACAAUUGGGUGAUAGAGUAGUGACCGAUAUUUUUGCUAUGGGUGAAAACGUAGAAGAUCCCAAUAAUUAUCCUCGUCUGCAACAAUAUGAUGCCUGGUGCCGUCGCGUGGAUGAAAUCACUGUUGCACAAGGAUGGAAGGAUCUGAAUGAUGUUGCUGCUGAAGAAGGAUUGGUUUCCAUUGCUUAUGAACGUCAUCAUGGGGAAUAUUCUCGUAUCUAUCAAUUUGCCAAAGGUUACCUCUAUUCUCCAUCUGCCGCCUUGUACUCCUGCCCUCUUAGCAUGACUGAUGGUGCUGCUCGUGUGAUGGAAGUAUAUGGUUCCAAAGACAUGAAACAAAAAUAUUAUCCUCGUCUUAUUAGCCGUGAUCCCAAAGUAUUCUGGACAAGUGGUCAAUGGAUGACUGAACGUCCUGGUGGAUCGGAUGUUAGUCGCACUGAAACGUUGGCUGAACUGGUGGAUGCUAAAGAAAACAAAUGGAAGAUCAGUGGUUUUAAAUGGUUUUCAAGUGCAACUACGGCUGACAUGACAAUGUUACUAGCAAGAACAAUUGAUCCUGACACUGGAUUAGUACAACAGGGCAGUCGUGGAUUAUCUCUUUUCGUUGCUGAAAUGAGAAAACCAGAUGGUCAAUUAAAUGGUGUCCGUGUGCAUCGAUUGAAGGACAAAUAUGGUACUAAAGGUUUGCCUACUGCUGAAUUGGAAUUGAAUGGAAUGGAAGCUCAUAUGGUUGGUCAACCGGGACGAGGUGUUGCUACUAUUGCAUCUAUUCUUAAUAUCACUCGUAUUUAUUCUGCUGUGGGUACUUUAUGCUCUCUUCGUCGAUGUUUGGCCAUUGCAAAAGAUUUUGCUUUGAAACGUCAGGUUGGAAAUCGAACGCUUGAUAAAACUCCACUUCAUAUUACUACUUUGGCUAGAUUGGAACUCAUUUUCCGUGCAAGUGCCCAAAUCUCAUUUUAUGCAGUUCAACUCUUAGGACGAACAGAAUGUCUUCCUGAAAAUGAUCCUCAACGACAACAAGAUAUGGAAGUCCUUCGUCUUUUAACUCCUAUUGCAAAAGCCUAUGUUUGCAGAAUCUGUGUGGAUGCUAUCAGUGAAACUAUGGAAGCUCUUGGUGGUCAAGGAUAUAUGGAGGAAAUCGGUAUUGGUAAGAACUUGCGGAACUCUCAAGUGAACACGAUCUGGGAAGGUACUACAAAUGUUUUGGCUUUGGAUGUCCUCCGAGUUUUGCAAAAAUCCAAAGGUGCAGCUUUGAAAACAUUUGCUGAAGUGAUGGACAAAAAAAUACAAGUGGCAUUAACAUCAUCACCAAUGGUAUUUACUGAUGCAGCUCAACGGAUCCGGUCAUCCUUGAAAGAUAUAAUUGUAUUUGUCAACGAACAUCAACGAUCAGCUACAGUGGAGAUUCAUAUGCGUGAAGUAACAUUUGCCCUUGGUCGUGUGACAGCGGCAACGCUUUUGAUGGAACAAGCUGCUUGGGCCUUGACAAACAGUGUUGCUGGUGCAGAACAAGAUGUGGCAGCCUUGAAUCAAUGGUGUCAAAAUUCUCAAUUUUCAAAACCUUUAGUGGCCGUUGGUUUAGAUACUAUUCUUCAAGAAGCCAAAAUGGUCUUUGGUCCUGAUGCCAAGCUUUGAUGCAUGAUAUAUCCAAAUUUAAUUGAUUGAUAUUAGUUGUGUAUGAUCUUCUUUGUCAGAUAAUAAAUGAUCAGCC